GAUUGGCUGAUGCUCCCCCGUCACCCAGGAGCGAGAAGGAGGAAGUGAAGUGAGGUGAGGCGGAUCAGCGCGUGAGCUCCACUGUCAGUCGGACACUUCUUUGCUAACUUCACGGAGACUUCGCCCGCAGAGCACAAUGGCUGAAGCAGACAUCGCACUGAUCGGCUUGGCUGUCAUGGGCCAGAACCUCAUCAUGAACAUGAACGAUCACGGCUUUGUGGUCUGCGCCUACAACCGAACUGUGUCCAAGGUGCACGACUUCCUGCAGAACGAGGCCAAGGGCUCCAAGGUGAUCGGAGCCGAGUCUCUGGAGGACAUGGUGGCCAAGCUGAAGAAGCCCAGGAGGAUCGUCCUGCUGGUCAAGGCAGGCCAGGCUGUGGAUGACUUCAUCGACAAGCUGGUUCCUCUUCUCGAGGCUGGCGACAUCAUCAUUGAUGGUGGCAACUCCGAAUACAGGGACACGACCCGGCGGUGUAAGAGUCUGAAAGAGAAGGACUUGCUGUUUGUUGGCAGUGGAGUCAGUGGUGGAGAGGAAGGGGCUCGUUUUGGACCCUCGCUCAUGCCAGGAGGACACAAAGAGGCCUGGCCACACAUUAAAGACAUCUUCCAGAGCAUCGCUGCCAAGGUUGGAACAGGAGAGCCUUGUUGUGACUGGGUUGGAGAUGACGGUGCAGGUCAUUUCGUGAAAAUGGUCCAUAAUGGCAUUGAGUAUGGCGACAUGCAGCUGAUCUGUGAAGCUUAUCACCUGAUGAAGGAUGUUCUGGAUAUGGACCAUGACGAGAUGGCACAGGCUUUCGAGAGCUGGAACAAGACGGAGUUGGACUCCUUCCUGAUCGAGAUCACGGCCAACAUCCUUAAAUACAGAGACUCCGAUGGCACACCUCUGCUGCCCAAGAUCCGCGACAGUGCUGGACAGAAAGGCACGGGGAAGUGGACGGCCAUUUCGGCCCUGGAGUACGGCACGCCUGUAACUUUGAUCGGGGAAGCUGUCUUUGCCAGAUGCCUGUCGUCUCUGAAGGAUGAGAGAGUGGAGGCCAGCGGCAGACUCUCGGGCCCACAGGGGGUCAAAUUCAGUGGCGACAAGACGGCCUUCCUCGAAGACAUCAGAAAGGCCCUCUACGCUUCCAAGAUCAUCUCCUACGCACAGGGCUUCAUGCUGCUGCGGCAGGCGGCCAAAGAGUUUGGCUGGUCCCUCAACUACGGCGGGAUCGCCCUGAUGUGGAGAGGAGGCUGCAUCAUCCGAAGUGUCUUCCUUGGUAAAAUCAAAGAGGCGUUUGACAGGGACGCUGAGCUGCAGAACUUGCUGCUGGACAACUUCUUCAAUGAUGCUGUGAAGGAUUGUCAGGCGUCAUGGCGCAGAACUGUGGGCACUGGAGUGCAGCAUGGCAUCCCCAUGCCCUGCUUCACCACGGCUCUGUCCUUCUAUGAUGGUUACAGACAUGAAAUGCUGCCGGCCAACCUCCUCCAGGCCCAGAGGGAUUACUUUGGCGCUCACACGUACGAGCUGUUGUCAAAACCCGGCUGCUUCAUCCACACCAACUGGACGGGCCACGGGGGAAAUGUCUCCUCUUCGUCCUACAACGCCUGAGGACCACCCUCGCACUCAAAAACACAGACAGGAGGGCCGUUACCCUGUGGGAGAAGAAAAACAUGUUAAACAUUCCAUCUUUAUAUGUUUAAGACCCACACACCCAACGGUCACUUUCAUCCAACUCUUUAUUCCUUCAAAGACGCGUUGCAGUUUUAUUUAUCAAUGUCGUAAACUCUCUCCCCGUGUGUAUGUAGAGACUCUCCACCCGGUCACAAGAGGGAGAAGCAAUGGAUAUUGUACCGACCAUCAGGCUAAUGUUCAGCAGUCAUGUUGGGCCCAAGGUUCACAGUGUUAACACUGGAUAACGGUGAACCGUUGCACUGUACUGUAUUAGGCUAAAUAAAGAUUUCAAUCCCUUUAUAAAUA